AUGUCUUCGCGACAUCGGCGUGAACUGACGUCAACGCAAGGCCAAGUGUGGUACUGCAGUCACAGCUGCUUUGGCGUCAACGCGCGUGAGCGCCGCGUCCAACUCUUGCCGCACCACAUCGUGUUACGCCACGUGCGGUCAGGGCGCCUCUCCAAGGACCUCCCGACCCACGGUCAGCCCAUCAAGGUGCUCCUGGGCAACGAGAUUCCUAGCGACAUCUACUACAAGCCCACACAAUUGCCCGAGCAGCGCUUCGUUGUUCGCGUAGGUCACGAUCGGCACUACCAAUUUCUUGCCACCGAAGGCGAAUCAGCCACAGCUUGGCGUGAUCGCUUGCUGAAAUACUACCAACAGUGCCAGGACGGUUCUUGCCCCGAACCCGAACCAGCCCCGCAAACUGUCGAGUUGAGCGAACAAAGGCAAAGUCGUCGAGAGCUGCAAGGGCAAACGGAACACAACGAGGAGCUCCUCAAGACCGCUGUGCGACAAGAACUCCGCCUUGUCGAUGCCAAUGCCUUGCCCGUGGCGCCCAGCGAGGACGCCGCGGCAGCAGGGGCGGCCAGCGUUCUGCAGGCCGACGAGGCGCAGUUCCAAAGCAUGCUCGAGCGCGGUGUGAAGGAGGUCAAGGAGCUCGAGUCCACCUUCAACGUUUUGGGGUAUCGCCUCAACACUUGGGGCUACCUCGGCGUGACGUAUGGAACCUCCCUCGGGCUCAGCAUCACCCUCAAGCCUCAACCUCGAAAAGAGCGCCCGGCUCCACAAGAAGUUAUCGAUGAGCAAAAGCACAGCCUGUUCCAGCGAGCCCUCCUGGCCUGUCUUGAUCGUGGCAAUGACAUGCUGGAGCAGAUCGAGGAUGAGUCCAUGGAGUUGGUGCUGGUCAAUAUCUCGGCAACCGGCUUUGGCCUCGACAUUCCCGCGAUUACCGUAGGGUUGACCCUUGCAGACGGCCGCCACGCAGGGAAAUGGGGUGCAACCAACCCGGAGCGGCUGCAACAAGAAGAGCACGAAGGGCGCACGCUAUGGGAACGCAUAGUCGAUGGAACCAAGGACAUUCUUCAUGCGCUUUGCCAUCCAUUUUCAUCGCUGGCACGCCCCGUGUUGCGUACGCUGGUGCACGAGCUACACGAGUUUCGUGACUACCUUGAUGGCACUGGCUUGCGUGUGGGCACCAUCGCCGGACACGGGGGCUGGCUCGGCAUUACCAUUGGUACCUAUAUUGGUGUAAGCAUGACCGUGGUGCUCCUGGAUGAGCUGGACGACAAGGAAUUCGACGCAAGCAAACUGUCAACCUUUCAGCGUAGCCUGCUGGGCAUGAUGGCACGCGCACACCGUUUGGCUACCAACGCCACCGGUGACACGGCGCACCCUGUCAUGUUGCGUCUAGCCAUUUCUGGCAUUGGGUUGGCUGUGCCAUCCAUGACGGUGACCGCGUAUUUGCAAAAGAUUGAUCCCGAAAAGCCGAUGGAUGGCCACGAGCGCUUGCUCUCCUUGCCUCAAUCCCAGCCCGAAGCGACCAAGAGUGAGGAGGCAGCGCCCUCGAGCGAGCUGACCACCCGCUACGAUGACUUUGUGUUGGAGCCGUCGAGCAGUUUAUUGCGUUCCACAACCAAUGCCGUCAAGAGCGUCGGCGAAGCCACGCGGCGAGCGGUGCUGGCCACGGGCAAGGCUGCGGCCAAAGUAGUGGGCGCCAUUGUGUCAGGCGUGGAUGCAGUGGCCCAGGAGGCCCUGGACGUGGCCGUGUCACCCAUCACCCUGGUACUCGGCGAUAUUGAGAAGGUGGAGGGCAGCAUCAUCGACCUGCCGCUGGAAUUCUGCAAGGAGUUUGCCACCAUAACGUACGGUACGCAGUUUGGAGCCUCUCUGCGUCUGCAAGAGAAGCCGCACACCAAGUUGAUUGAGCACCUGGAGAAGAAGCUUGAGGCAGCCAAGCGGACCGAGGCCCAGGCUCCCAAGGAUGAGACCCGCGCCUCUGUCAAUUUGAUUGCGCGCAAUGUGCGGGGUGUGCUGCGUGGCAUUGCCCGCGUGCCGGUUGCUGCGGCUUCCUUGCGGGAGCGUCGAGCCCAUGUCGACAUGGUGUCGCUCAAUGCCGACGGCUUGGGUGUCGGCAUUCCCUCCUUUACCACGUCCGUCUACUUUGGCUACACUGCCUCCAAGCAGUCUGGCGGCGGACGCAAGGAUGCUCUUGUCGCACCCUUCAAAACCAUCAAGGCGGGCAAGGAUGCCCGCGAAGACCCCCUGGACGAUUAACUUGCCCCAGGCAAAACCAUGUGUGUGCAUGUGUG